GAGUGUGCUGAUAGUGUGUGAGAGUAGCUAUUUUUUUUCUGAACGCACAUCAUGGUUUGUGGACUAGUGGGUUCCGUUGCAGGCCUUCUAGGUGGCGCUAGUGCUGCCUUUAUUUGGCGAAUGCAUCAGCAGGAAGGGUUAUCGAGCCCAGUGUACUGCGCGAAAAAAAAUGAGUGGACCUUUUCUCACGACCGAUUCAAACCAUUCAAGCUUAUUUCAUCCCGUUAUGAGUCCAAUGACACGCGACGCUUCUAUUUUGCAUUGGAUAGCUCAGAAGACACCUUUAACAUGCCAGUCGUGUCCUGCAUCAUUGCGAGGAUAACGGGUGCUGACGGUAGAGAAGUGUUGCGUCCGUACAUCCCGAUAUCUUCCAAUACCACGAAAGGCCAUUUUGAAAUAUUGGUACAACGAACCCCAAAUGAUGAGAUGGCCGAGCACCUAUUCGCCAUGCAGUCAGGAGAUAUGCUUUUAGUGAAAGGGCCAUUCGAAAAGCUUGCAUACAAGCCCAAUAUGUGGAAGCACGUUGGUAUGAUCGCAAGCGGCAUUGGUAUCGCUCCCAUGUAUCAGAUGCUCCGUGCCAUUUUAGAAAACCGCAAAGACAGCACCCUCAUUUCCCUCAUCUACGCAAACAAUCAGCGACGAGAUAUUCUUUUGGCUAAUGAGCUUGUUGAGCUGCAGAAGGCAUACGACAACUUCAACAUGUACUUGACCCUAGUGGAGCCACCUCGUCGAUGGCUUGGGGGCAUCGGGCCCAUUAACUUACCUAUGGUUUCCACUUUUAUGCCCAAGCCUGGAGAAAAGAAUACAAAAAUACUGGUUUCUGGGUCUUCCCAUAUGAUGCAGACUGUUAGUGGUGACAAGUUAUUUUCUUCUGGAAAACCACCACGGCAGGGACCUCUCACAGGUCUGUUGCGUGAGUUAGGAUACAAGGCUGAUCAAGUCUUUAAGUUUUGACGCACUAGAUGCCCAUCACUUGGGAGAUAUUGGCUUAUUUAUCAAUAUUAAUUACUCUUAAAGGGAGAGGCGAAACAAUGGUAGCAACUAAAAUCAUAUCGAAGAAUAAGGCUUAUCAAGUUGUUUAUAGUAGCGAAGUUUCUUUAGUAUCUAGGAGCAUUGGAGGGGGGAUAUAGUUAUGGGAUAGGAAACCCCGGUGCAGUAUUGGCAUCGGUUAGAAAAGGAUACGGAUGUGUGGAAAUAUUUUUUGCAUGUGAAGUUUAGAAUGUUGUUUU